AUGCUGCCUGCAAUCAAGUGCUCAGAUUGUGGUGUGGAAAUUGAAAUUAUGAGCAUGGCCGACCAUGUUUGCUCCAAGGUUCCUUCACAAAAACCGCAAUCGCCAAAGAGCAGGAUGGAUCGAGCAGCCACCUUCAGUACAAGCCUAGCUGCGAAGACGUCGGGACUUCUCCGACCCGGUCGCAUGCCACCACCACCAAAGAUCGACUCUUCUGUUGCUAAUAAACCUUUCGCGCCGCGCGAUCAAUUGACACCUCUGAGCAGCUAUAGUGACCCGAGGAGUGCCUCUCCCAUUUCUCCCGGCUACAAACCAAAGAUGAUGAGGAGCGCCACCAGCCCGAUGCCUCGACCAUUCAGUCCACCGUCUCCCGACCUAUUAUCGGGCAAUAUGGACUGCCCCUUUCCCCCGUUCCCAACUUCUCGCAGCGGUACACCUACGCCUAAGGAGGCAAAACCGAAAUCUAGAGAUGGAUUACAACCAAUACCCGACCAUCGGUAUGCCGAAGCAGAUCCUUUGUACGCGCCUUUGAGUCCACGAACGACCGGUGGCGCCAGUGUGCUCAAGAGAAUGAACACAAUUGCGCCAGGCCCAUUCGAUGCUCGGUCUGGUAAAGGACCAGAAAAGACGCCACCAAUCGACAAAUCAGGGCUGGGCCAUAGAAGAAAUGCGACUCAUGGUAGUAUAGGCAGCAACUACACUGGAAAUGUGCAAAGAGCUUCCUCUGUGGGAUCUACCAGAUCUCGUAGUUCAACGCUGUCUUCGAAUGGAGUCGUUGGCCUUCCAUCGCGCCCAAAACAAUCAGGACCACCUGCGAGGCCAUCACGACCGGAAGGGAUUGAUGCCUUCUUAGAGCAAUUGCAAGAGCAGGCUAACGAGCUUCCGAAACGAGGCUUAUCUGCGGACAGCCGGGCGCGCACAUUUCCUUUGCGGAAAGAUAGCGAAGCUAAUGUGGAUGUUCCGCCAUUACCAUCAUUACCACCACUUCAAAGGCGACCGACCAUGGGAUCUGAGGCAUCAGAUAGCUCUUCCAUUGUAUCAAGAGGUCUGCCGAGCGAUCCAAAAUCAUCCAACGGAUUCCCACCGAGGAGUGCAAGCCGCAGCGGUUCUUUCAGCGGUUCGAGGGCUGGUCUGAGACGCGACGACCCUCCACCGGUUCCGGCGCUACCGGUGUUGCCGAAUAUCCAGACACAAGUUCCGGCGAAACCACUUCAUACACCUUCUGAUUCAGGUUCAUCUGAUGAUUCCGUUGCCAACUCCGAUAUUCGAAGUGCAACGAGUUCAAGAUCCAGUCCACCGGCAUCAGAGGCUUGGGGCUUGUCACGAAGGCCUUCCAAGGCCAGUGCCUACGAGCCACCAGCGCAAGAGGAUAACCGGAUACAAAGGAUUGCCAGUCCUAGUGUAGACUCGCGAACACAGUCUCCACGGCCUCUUACCCCCGAGACACGGAGCGACAGCCGAAAUGGCCCUACCGGCUAUAACAGAGGCAUGGCGCCUGAGCCGUUGAUGAAACCAAGGCCGUUUCCGGUCGCAGACGGGCCGGAGUCUCCAAUGGAUCCUGCUAUACAAUUGGGCCUAUUUAACCAGAGGCGCCCCUCGAAGCCCUCUAUACUUCCAACUCCUCAACCACCACCGCCUCCCUCGUUCAACUUUUCGAUGAGCCCUCCUAAGGGCGCUCCUCCAAUGGUUGCACCACAAGCAUCAACACCGCCCGUCAGCCGACGAGGUACGAUGGCGAGUAAGGGUAAAUGUAGAGGCUGCUCUGAACCUAUUGUUGGCAAGUCUGUCAAAGCUGCGGACGGGCGUCUUACUGGUCGCUACCAUAAGCAAUGCUUUGUGUGCAAGACCUGCCGCGCCCCGUUCCAGACAGCAGAUUUCUACGUCAUCAACAACUUUCCCUAUUGCGAGCAGCACUACCACCAACUCAACGGAUCUCUCUGCAAGGGCUGCAAUCGUGGCAUCGAAGGUCAAUAUCUUGAAACCGACCAACGACAAAAGUUCCACUCGAAUUGCUUCACCUGCAACCACUGCCGAGUCAGAUUAAGAGACGACUACUUCGAAGUCGGAGGGAAGGUCUUUUGUGAAAGACACGCCUUCCACGUCGCUCAGCAGAACAACAUGCUUGGCGCGCGGAGGAAUCCGGAGCGCCGGACCACAAGGCUUAUGAUGAUGAUGUGA